AUGGGAGCGGAAGGCUGCGAGGAAAAGUCUUCAGAAGUCAAUCCUGAGAACGUUCCAAUGGGGUUUGUUCCACUGGUUCAGCCAGAGAUAUUAGCCUACCUGAAUCCCUUUUCUUCUAUGAAUAUGGUAUCUUACAAUAAAACUGAGGUAAGUUACUACCUUAACUAAGAAAUGGUGUUUCAGGCAUUAGUAGUAAAGUCGUUUUAUCGUAAUUAGAUUAUAUAUGUUUAAUGUAUUCUUUUCCAGACUGAACUUCCUUUGUUACCUAAAAGAACUGGACAUCCGUACCAAAGUCGCCAACAACCACUUCAGAAGAAGCCUCGAACUUCAUUCACCAAGACUCAGGUUCAGAUUUUGGAGAACAGAUUCAAGGAUCAGAAGUAUCUGGCAUCGAUGGAACGUUCUGUCUUAGCGGCACAGUUGAAAAUGACCGACGCUCAGGUGAAGACUUGGUUUCAGAACCGACGUACGAAGUGGAGGUGAGUUGAUUAUGUAUAAGGUUCGGGUAAUAUAUUUAAUGAUAACUAGAAGCGGUGAUAUCAAUUGUAAAAAGUAUUAGUAUACAGUGGAACUCCUGUAUAACGAACUCCUCUAUAACGAAACUCCCGUAUAACGAACAACUUUUAAAUUCCCGUCUACCACUGCACAGUGCAUUUAAAACUCCUGUAUAACGAAACUCCUUUAUAACGAACAAAUUUCAAGUCCCCGAGCGAUUCGUUAUACAGGAGUUCCACUGUAUAUGAUUCUCAAAGUCUGGUAAAGGAAAGCCUAAUAAAAAAAACGUGUCGUAACCACUAUAUUUUUAGACGUCAAGAAGCCGAAGCUCGUGACAAUGAAGUUCGAACUGUUUUCAGAUUUGUUAACAGUUACCGUAAUCAACUCGCAGACCUCAAUCAGACAUCAUGA